AUAUUAUUUAUAUAAAUUAUAUUAUAGUAUAUAUAUAUUAUAUUAAAAUAUGAUUUACAUGCAAAAUAUUAUUUUUCAAGGAUAAGCAAUAAGUAUUCUGUCAGAUAAGAGUGAUGUCCAACACAUUUCCGUAAACAUAUGUCAUAUUAUUGCAAAACUUUUUUUAAGCUGAUGAUAACAAUAUAGCAGCGUAAUUCGUUUUAUCUCACAGUAGAUAUACAUAUAUAUGUCAAAUGCAUACAUUUCGAGGUUAUAGAACAUGUCAUCCACCGAUUCAAUCACCCAAGAAAAAACUCGUACUGCAACAGAAUCUGAUCACGGAGUGCAAUUUCCUGAAAUAAUCGAUGAUAAAAUAAACACGGAAGAAUUUUUAGAAGCCGCUCGCGAUGUUGUACGCACAGUCGAUAAAUUUGGCAAAUUGUUCGCUCCUGUACGAUAUGAUAUGCAAGGCAAUAUCGAUAAACUUACAACCAGAUAUUCUAUAGAUCAAAAAAGUAAUUCAACUCUGCAAGACCUGAUCUUGCUCGAAAAAUCUACUGAGGAAGAUCUCAUUGCAAUUGAUGCUUUAAUGUGGUUGAGAAGGUAUUUGAAUGUGGCCUUACAUAUGAUUUUAUUAUUCUUCGAAAAGAUUGUGGAGGAUCAUAAGGCUGGGAAAGCAACAGAAGAUUUAGUUGCAUUUUUAAAAGAGGCAUAUAAAGAGACUCUAGAGCCAUAUCAUGGUUGGAUGGCACAGCAGUUAUUUAAUCUCCUAUCACGUAUGACACCUACUCGUUCGCAACUCUUAUUCGCAUUAGCAGAUGGACAACCAGCAUGAUGAUUUGCCAACUGCUUCAGAGCUAUUGUAGCUGUAAUAAUUUCUGUAAUGAGCAGAAAACUCAUGACGCCAUUAGCAAUUGUUUCGCUAAGAUGAGGUAUGGUUUUACUAUCAAAAAGAAGAAACAUCUCUAAAGGAAAAUGUAUGAGAGUAGAUAUCAGCCAAAAACUUGCCAGUUCUGGAAUCUGUUUAAAGUAAUAUUUUUAAAUUAACAUUUAUUUGUCCAAUUUAGCUAUCUCCUAUCUUAUUGAAAUAUACUACCUUUCCUGCUAAAUUUCCAAGAUAUCCCAAGUAUAGUCGUAAACUUUCCAAUGUUGAAAUAACAAUGAAUACCGCUAUAGUUAUAACUUUGUAUACAUCUGUCAAAUAAUAAUACUGUAAAAUAAAAAA